UCCGGGGAAACAAUGGAAACCGUUGGCAAAAGAAGUCAUUUAACUUGUGAAUGUACCACCUUAGUUGACACAGAACAAAUUAGACUGACGAUGGAUGAAGUAAACUAUCUACGACUGAUUCAUAUUUUGUUUAGAGUGGCAUGUCCAGUUGUCCGAAUGAGAUUUAACCAUGAAAUCCAUCCUGACCAGCUACGAAGAACGCUUGACAAGAAUAAGCUAGAAAUUAACAAAAAUUACAGAAUGAAAAGAACAAUUUUCGAUGACUAUCAGUGGCACCUUUUAUUUGGACAUUCCAAAGUAACAUCCGAAGAUUUUGGAAUAAGACUCAUGACAUACCUCUUACAUAUAAUUGCAAACAUCGAUGUAAGCGAUUUGUAUCCAGUUCAUACCGAUACAAGUAUCGGCGCCAUGCUUUCCAGAAUAAAAUUCAUACGGAACGAUGUAACUCAAUCUCUUGAAGGAUAUUUAACCAAAGAUCAGUUCAGUAAAUAUUGGGAUGAUAUUGGACAGGUAUGAUUUAAUGAUCCAACUACUAGAGUAAUCUAUUGAGAUUUCAAGACUUUCAAAAUGAC